AUGGACCCCAAGUUCCCCACACCCCCACCGCUAAACAAAACGGAGCCCACCACCGCGACGACCACCACCACCACCUCGACCGCGCAGCAGCAGCAGCAGCAGCAGUUGGAUCCUAAGGACUACCAGCAGCAGCAGCCGGCGCAGCACCACCUGCAAAUCCAAAUUCACCAGCCGCCGCAGCAGGACGGGGGCGGCGGAGGGAAGGAGCAACAGCAGCAGCUGCAGGUGGUGGCGCAGCCCGGGGAGCGGAGGCAGCAGGCGCUCGCGCCCAAGCGGAGCUCCAACAAGGACCGCCACACCAAGGUCGACGGCAGGGGCCGCCGGAUCCGGAUGCCCGCGCUGUGCGCCGCGCGGAUCUUCCAGCUCACGCGGGAGCUCGGCCACAAGUCCGACGGCGAGACCGUGCAGUGGCUGCUGCAGCAGGCCGAGCCGGCCAUCGUCGCCGCCACCGGCACGGGCACCAUACCGGCGUCCGCGCUCGCAUCCGUCGCAUCCUCGUUCCCGUCGCCCACCUCCGGGCUCGCCAGGCCGCACCACCACCACCACCCGCACCACAUGUGGGCGCCCUCCACCGCGUCCGCGGGUUUCUCCUCGCCCUCCUUCCUCAAUUCCGCCGCCGCGGGCACGGGAGACGCCGCCGGCAUCGGCGGCAUCAUGCAGCGGAUGGGGAUCCCCGCCGGCCUCGAGCUGCCGGGAGGGGGCGCCGCUGGGGCCACCCUCGGCGCUGGCGGCCACAUCGGCUUUGCGCCCAUGUUCGCUGGACACGCCGCGGCUAUGCCGGGGCUCGAGCUCGGCCUCUCGCAGGACGGCCACAUCGGCGUGCUCGCCGCGCAGUCGAUCAGCCAGUUCUACCACCAGGUCGGUGCUGCCGGCGGCAGCGGCCAGAUGCAGCCCCCGCACGGCCACCAGCAUCACCAUCAUCAGCAGCAGGAGGACGGGGAGGACGACCGCGAGGACGGCGAGUCCGAUGACGAGUCGGGGCAGUAG